CCCGAAAAGGCAUUGCGAAAAGACGAACCGUGUCCCCGUCCUCCACGUGUGCGGUCCCGGUUUCUUGUCCUUUUAUUUGUCUUUCUUCGGUCCACUUUCUGCGUUUUGUGGCGAGCCUUCUUAUCCACUUUCUCGCAGUCGCGUGUGCAUUUUCUCCGUCGCCAUUUCUCCCCAGGGUAGUCGCUUCUCGCUUUCAGCCUGACCCCCUAUUUAUGCAAUAGAGGCCGCCGCAUUCAACCCGACCCUCGGUGCAAGACAACCUGGGCAGGAAACGAUCAAAAAGGCGUCCGAGAGGAGGCGAAUUCCCCUCGUCUUUGCUCGUCUCUCAGGCCUCUUCAUCUCUUCGGAUUCACUCCAAAGCGCCUUUCUUCCCUCCCGUCUUCAGCCGCACCGUCCGCCUCCUUUCUGCCUCCUCCACUUGCCCGCUCUCCGCCUUUUGUCCUUGUUCGUCUUUCACAUGCGAAAUGGAUGCGUACAACGGAAGCGCCGUGGUGGCGAUGGCGGGGAAAGACUGCGUGGGCAUUGCGUCCGACACGCGUCUCGGAGUCAAUCAGUUUGGCACUGUCAGCGCAGACUUCCAGAAAGUCUUCAAAAUGAACAACCACACCUUCGUCGGCCUCGCCGGCCUCGCCACUGACGUCCAGACGGUACACAAAGAACUCGUCUUCCGCUCGAACUUGUACCAGCUGCGCGAGGAAGUCACCGAAAUGCCGCCAGAGAUCAUGUCAAACGUCGUUUCCUCCAUGCUCUACGGUCGCCGCUUCGCUCCUUACUUUGUCUCUCCUGUCGUCGCUGGCCUUCACCCGGAGACACACCAGCCCUUUCUCUCUGCCUUCGACUACAUCGGCGCGGCUUGCUACGCAAAAGAUUUCGUCUGCAAUGGAACUUCUGCCGAGCAACUCGUGGGAGUCUGCGAAUCUCUCUGGAAGCCGGACAUGAACGAAGACGAACUCAUGGAAACUCUCUCACAGAGUCUCCUGGCUGCUGUGGACCGAGACUGCGUGGCUGGUUGGGGUGCCGUCGUCCACGUUUUAACCCCCAACACGAUCACUACCCGACGACUCAAGUGUCGCAUGGACUGAGGUCUCCACUUUUUCUCGUCUGUCUGUGUCUCUUCUCCGCCGCAGUCUGUUGCGUGUGCUUUGUUUUUUGUGUCUUGUUUUCUCUGGUCUGUAUCCUUUGUGCACAUAAACGAUGCGAGAGGCAUCUCCCAGUUCCUUGAGACUCCGGGGUCGCACCCCGUGUACCCACCCCACUCCUUUUGCGUUUUUCGUCUUUUUCUCUAGCGUCACGUGAAGGAAGAAAGUGGAGGAGAGAGAGAGACUCUGAGGAGAGACAGAGACGCGAC